AUCGAUAACUCUUGUAAUCUAUCGGUUGAUUUCACGUGUUGCAUAUUCGUAAAUUGCGUUUUUGUUUAUAAAAACAAUAAAAAAUGGAAGCGGCCACAGCAGACAAACAGUUCGAGCACACAGAGAGUAAUGUAGAAAUAAAGGAAAACUCAGAGCAGCCAGCUGAAGAGGGUGCUGCCGAAAAUGAAGAAGUGGAAAAAGCCGGCAAUGAAUUUGACUAUUUGGAGCGAAAUGAAUUCACUUCGGAAAUCUACAAAAUUGAAGUGAAAAACAUGGGUUAUUUUGGCAUUGGGGAGUUCAAGAAGCUGCUGAAGAACACACUCAAGCUGGACAUGACGAAAAUCAAGUCGCCCACCCGCAAGGAGUUCGCAUUUGUAUGUUUUCGCAGCCAGGCGGAUCAGCAACGGGCUGUGGAAACGCUCAACGGAUACAAGUGGAAGGGAAAAGUGCUCAAGGCCAUGUUGGCCAAAGCAUCUGCCGAUCCUCUGCACAAGCGGCGCAGCGAAACGGAUGCCGCUGAAUCGAAGCCAAAACGCCAACGAACUGCUGUCGAGGCAACUUGUCCUCUGGCCGAGAUGCCAUACGAGCAGCAGCUCGAGCAGAAGACUGAAGAGAUGUCCGCGCUGCUCAAAAAAUACACGCAGGAACUGCGCCGUUUGAAUGCCGAUGCCAAACCGCAUCUGGACAAAUUUCAGUUUAAUGGCGUGCUGCCUUCGCCCAUUGUUCAGGGAUAUCGCAAUAAGAACGAGUUUACCGUGGGCAAGAAUGCCGAGGGCGAAAUUGUUGUUGGGUUUCGCUUGGGCAGCUACAGCGAUGGCUCCGUUGAGGUAGCCGAGGUGCAACAGUUGCCCCAUUUGCCCGCGCAAGCGAAGUGGGCGGCACAAAGUUUCCAGCAGCUGGUCAGGCAAUCCAAAUUUCAGCCCUUCAAUCCAGUUGGCAAUGUGGGUCACUUUCGGCAGCUGAUGGUGCGCAGCUCCAGCGCCACGGGUGAACUAAUGCUCGUCGCCGGCAUAUACUCCUCCAAUUUAAGCGAAGCGGAGCAGUUGGAGUUGCAGCAGGAGCUGAAGAACUUCUACGAGCAGGCUGAACAGAAUGCGGAACACAAGUGCACCUCACUCUACUAUCAGGACGUCAAGCAUCGCGAGGCGGGGCAAAUGGUGAAUCCUGUCACCCAUCUCCUGGGCAGCACACACAUAACGGACACCAUUCAGGAGCUGCAGUUUCGCAUCAGUCCAUUGGCUUUCUUUCAAAUCAAUACGGCCGGCGCCAAUGUUCUCUAUCAGCAGGCCAUUGAUCUGGCUGCACCGAGCAAGGACACAACUAUGCUAGAUAUUUGCUGUGGCACAGGUACUAUUGCCUUGGCAUUUGCCAGGCACUGCAAACAGGUGUUGGGCGUCGAAAUUGUGCCGGAUGCCAUCAAGGAUGCGGAGUACAAUGCGUCAGCAAAUGGCAUCACCAAUUGCAAAUUCUUCGCGGGAAAUGCGGAUGACUUCAUCAAGAGCAUGGUACGCGAGGCGCUCUACGGCCAGGAGCCGGGCAAACCUGUCGAUCUGAUAGCAGUGGUGGAUCCGCCGCGAGCUGGACUGCACAAUCGUUCCAUAGCCGCCAUACGCUCGGCGAGUGCCAUCAAGCGUCUGGUUUAUGUUUCCUGCAAUCCACACAGUGCCAAGCGCAAUUUUAUUGAGCUAGCCCGGCCAGAGUCCAAGCAGUAUAAGGGCGAGCCCUUCUACUCAAAGUCAGCGGUGGCUGUGGACAUGUUUCCACAUACGACGCACACGGAGCUGGUCAUCUUAUUUGAGCGUGAGUCAACAACCACAGCAACGACGACGGCGACGACAAUUCAACCCGAAGGUGUGGCAAAGGAUGCAACGGAUGGGGCAACAAAAGAGUGCAUUGCAACAUCGCUGGCAACAGCCACAACAUGA